AAAACUUUGAAAUUUAAAUAAUUUGAGUGAAGCCGGUACAUUUUUUUUAGGCUACUGACCAAAUAUUUUUGGGAAACAUGUUCUUACUGAAUAUUGUAACCCUGUAACGCCUAACUGAAAUAGUUGAUGUACGACGAAAACGACUUUCUCCACUCUAGUAGACAAGAUUCUACUAGAGGAUUUAAGAAAUGUCCUCAAAUGUGUAGUUAACAGACUUAAACUUAAUGACCGUUCACUGUAUUUCAGGUCAAGAAGAUCGAGGAAAAUGGAAGACUAUCAGCACUAAAUUAUCAAAUUAGGACAAUCAAUAAACUUUUCAUUGGGAACGAGGGGGGUUAUGGAUUCCAGAUCAUAUAUGUAGGUAUAGGAAAUGUAUAAAAGAGGAAAUGUUUUGACAAACGCCGCAUCAGUGCUUUUUCAAAUUCAAAUUCCAAAUCCCUCAAAUUCAUCUUAAAGCAGUAUUCCUUACAGGAAGGCGCUGCAAGUACGGAACGAACCAAAACUCAGAGCCGAAGAGACUAUUAAAUUGCCAGUUAUGACAAGGCACUACCCCUGGAAUUUCAAGCUCAUAGGUGGUGCAGAACAGGCAAAUGCAGUUUAUACGCUGAGAAGUAAAAAGCUUGGCACUUUCACUUUAUUGUGGUGAAUAUCCCCCAAUUCCUAUGAGCGUCCUAUCUACCCAGCUCACAUAAAUUCAUUUAAUUAAAUAGAAGAGAAUCGCUAAUUAUUAUUUUUUUGUUGAUAUUUUUAAGGGAGCAUAAUAUACCUACUAAUAUGACUUCCUCAAAUACUUAUCAGAGUUAAAGGCGUUAAGGCCUCCAAGCAAAUAUUCCUUUGAGGACCUUCGAAGACAUGAUUGUAUAGUUUUUUGAAAGAAGAGAAGAAAUUUCUCCCAAAGUCCUUGCUUCUUCAUUGAAAUCUGGUUUUAAAUCUAAAAUUGAGAGUUUUAUACACCAUCGCUCCGACGAAAAACACGAAAUCUGCAUGCAAUUAGUUUAAAUCCUAAUCAUUGUUAGCUCUUUCGCUGUCCACAGUUCAAUUACUCUUAAAUGCCUGGGAAAAAAUUUCAAAAUUAGCUGUAGGCAAUACUCGUACACACGCUAUCAUAGGCAACGGUACCAAAACAUAUUUUCUUUAUUGGGUGCAAACAGCCGACGAAGUGCACGCUUUUUGGUCGGCUGUUCGUCUCGUGCAUCCAAUUUUUCAGUUGCAGCGCCGCAACAGCAACACGGCAGCAGCGCAACCGCAGCCGGCGAUCGAACAGCUGCACAGAAAUGCUCGGGCGCUCGACUAUAACAAUUUGCGAUCAGCAAGCAAACGAUUUAGUCGGUGUAACGCACUCGACGUGAGCAGACUAAACGUAAAUAAACAAUUUAGUUAUAAAAUAUAUGAAUAACAUUAAACACGAAGCCUAAAUUAAAAGGAUAUAAUAAAAGAAAUCAAUCUAAAUCAUCAGCAGUUUCCGGUGAAGACAAGCGGGCGGCACUAGGCGCACUUUCUACCUUAAUUUCUGUCAACUUUAUUGUUUGUUUUGUUAUUGUUGUUCUACAUUGAAAAUCGCGUGUUUUUUUAUGCGCAAACGUCGAGGAGACUGACAAGAACACGCCAGCUGCCAGUUGGCCAUUGCAGCGCAGCACCAUUCUAAUUGACGUCUGCAGUGAAAAGUUGGCAAAAGCAGACCUCGGUGCACACAGAUUUUCUUCGCAGAUUUAGCACACAUUUCCACACACAGAACCGCUAACAACGCUGCCGCCUGCUGUUAUCGGCGACGACUUCCCAUCCGCGCAUUUUUUUGCAGCAUUGUUGCUGUUGCUCUCGUUGUUGGCGUUGUGCGUAGGGCUGUAAAAAUACCGAAGCGUCGGCGCUGUUAAGAUCACAUUCACAUUUCUGUUGUUGUUGGUGUUAUUGAUCGUGCUAUAUAAAAUCUUUUUAUACGCGCCACUUAUUUGUUGCUAUUGUACGGGUGAAUUUUCGCGAGCAUCACAGACGAGCGGGUGCGACGACAACAACCAGUUGACCGCAUUUGGCGCCAAUGAAAAAUUACAACAACAAAGUGGCGAACGCAAAACGUAAAGAAGGAAAAUUCAGAGCGCGGUUCGCGUGAUGCGUGAAAAGUGAAAGUGCAAUGAAGUGUAUUUUCUGAUUAGUAAACAACAACAAAAGACAAAUAUAAAAUCAAUAAACAAUAACAGUCUGAAACAAAAAAAAGUGAAAAAAAAAUGUUCGGAAAAAUAGAAAAAAUUUGUAUGUAAUAAAAAUUAACAUUUAAUAAUACAACACAAAAUAUUUUUACGAAAUUACCUAAAACAAAAAUUCUUAACUUACCACUUUGUCAAGUCAAACAAUCGUUAGUACGUUAUAAACAUCACAAAAAACAAUAUCAAAACAAUGACGGCAAAACUGAAACCUGAAUGCAAUGAGAAGGCAAAGGAGACCAUCACCGAAGAGAAGUUCAAAGAUUUACUCACCGAACAGUUGGAACGUGUUGGCGCUGGCGGCGCAUUUGUUUGGACUCUCUUUUUCGUCUGCGUUACACCGAACAUUCUCAAUGGCUUCCACGUUUCUUCCUACACCCUACUGGGACACUUACCUGAAGAUCAAUGGUGCGCCGUCUCAAAUCUGCAGUCGACCAAUUGGACUGUUGAGCAACAGCGAAGCAUAACACAAGAGAAUCUCAAUACAGGUGGUUGCACCAUAUGGCAGUACGACUACCCGAAACUGGCGACUAUGACAUACGAAGAGGCACUGAACUAUACGACACAGACACAAACGACGAACGGUAAGCUGGCAGAGAUACCAUGUAAAAUGGAAGGUGAAUACGCGUACCCAGAUGCCGAGACCACAUUUGUGGCGGAUUGGGAUUUAGUAUGUGAGAAUGCCAUACAACGUACUACGGCGCAGGUUGCCAUAUCGUUGGGAAAAUUUUUCGGCUCCUUCUCUUUUGGCAUAUUCUCGGAUAAAUUUGGUCGCAAAACUUCGUUCACUUUAGGCGCCGUCUUUUACAUCUUGUCGAGCUUAUUAUGCACAUUUUCACCCUGGUAUCAGCUUUUCUUAGUGGGCCGCUUUGGUUUGGGUGCGGCCUCUUCAGGGCUCUUCUAUCCCGCUUUUGCCAUGAUUGUGGAGAACGUUUGCCUGCGGCAUCGCUCCUGGAUGUCGAUCGCGUUUUCGGGCUCCUAUCCGAUUGGCUUGAUCAUGCUGGCAAUGAUCGCAUAUCUGGUGCCACAAUGGCGCUAUGUUCAGUUGGCGCUCACAAUGCCGGCAUUUUUGCUCAUCUUUAAUUGCUACUUGAUGAAUGAAUCGCCACGUUGGCUUAUAACGAAGAAACGCUACGAUCAGGUCUACAGAAUCUUAUUCAAAGAGGAUUGCCAUUAUGAAAUUCAGAAAGCCCCCAUUGAAGCCAUCACCGACAAGAAAGCCGAGGCGCAGCCCGAGGUAGCGACAACACUUUGGGUGAAAUUAAGAGAAGGUCCACUCAAACAAUUCCACGAACUAUUCGGCACAUGGAAGGUGCGUCGUCUCAUAUUUACUGCAUAUUUUAUGUUUUGUGUAACCUCUCUCAGUUACUAUGUCACAGCGCUGAAUGCCGCCAAUAUGUCGGUUAGUCGAUUCAUUUAUGUUGGCAUUACCGGUAUGGUGGACCUGCCCUCAUAUCUGUUGCCGAUGAUAAUGCUGCAUUUCACGGGUCGACGCACAACUACAAUGUCACUGUUUAUACUAACCGGAGUGGCCUUACUCAUGGUGUUGGCUGUGCCCAGCGGAAAUACUGCAUGGAUAAUAUUAUUUGCUAUGUUGGGUCGUUUCGGUAUUACUGCUACAUAUUCCAUUGUUACCCUAUAUACUGCUGAAUUAUUUCCCACCGAGAUAAGAAAUUCUGCUUUGGGCACAUGCUCAACGUGGGCCCAUGUAGGCUCCAUCUCAGCGCCUUACGUGGUGGAUGUGCUGGGCUUACUCGGCUGGUACAUUCCAACGACAAUUUGCGGUUGCUGUGUGUUAGUAGCGGGUCUGCUGACGCUCACUCUCCCCGAGACCAGUACCCACAAACUGGUGGAUCGCGUUGAGGAAGUGCCUUCUGAAUCGGAAUCGAGCACUGAGGAGAAUACAACUUCUACUACUGUGGCCAAAGUGAAAGAAAUCGAAAGUUCUAAUAAAUUUUAGUUUUUUUUAAUACAUACAUACACAUAUAUUCUCACACGUACACAACAUCUAUUAAUAUAAGUAUAUACAUUACAGUACAUACAUAAUUACAUAUAUAAUUUACACUUAUGUCAAUUAGAAAUUGCAAGAGUUUUGCAAAUGUUCCAUUGUUUGUUUUUUAAGAUAUCUUAUAAAUUAAGAUCUAUCAUAAACCGAAAAUAUUAUGGCUAGUGUUGUAUAAUAUAUCAUGUAUGUUAUUUGAGUGGUUAAAUAAAAAUUAUUAAAAUUUAUUUAUUUAUAUAGUAAAAAAAUAUGUAUUUGCACAUUAGUUAGUAAUACACGUUUAUUUGUCGUAGCCUGUUGCUUUUGAUUAUGACAAUAAAGCUAUAAGGCAAUGAAAUAUAAUUUUAAACAUCUGCAAAAUUAUUUAUUUUAACACUGAACGAGAAAAACGGUUGUUGUUGGUGCUGUAGCGGCAG